AUGGGCACCCUCUCACCCCCUCUUUCUUCCUUGCUUUUGGCAUCUUUACUGUUUCUAUCAUAUACAUACAUGAUACAUACAUAUAUAUAUAUAUACACACACAUAUGUAUACAAUAUGAAAAGAAGAAAAGGUUGAUGAAAUUAUAGCAGAUGUGAGGAAAAGUGAGUUGUUACAUGAUUUCCAUUUGGAGGGCCCUACGCUACUCUUGAUCUUCUUCCCUUGUAAAAUCCCAAAGCUGUGUGUAUGUGUUUUUCGAGCUGAAGAGAUUUUAGAAUCAAGGCAGGCAGGCAGGCACCCCACCCCACCCUUGUGUUUGUUGUUCGUCUAUUUGAAGAAUUAAUUUCUUCCUCCAAAGGAGAAAUUGAAGAUCAGUUAGGGAUGGGCGAGCAGCGUGCAAGUGCUGCUGCAAUGCCGGAAGAAAGGGAGAAUGGAUCGUCGCAAAGUGGAGCUGCCGCCAUGCCAGAGCAGAAGACUGCCAAGCUUUCUGCUAGAAAGAAGAAAGCCUUGCGAGCUCGCUAUGCAUACGCUGUUAUCUUUCUGCUGACGAAUGUUAUUGCUUGGCUGUUCCGGGAUUACGGCGAGAGGAUUCUCCCAAUGCUGCCUUAUUCGAAGGCCUGUGGAGCAGAGGAGAGAGAGUGCUACCAUACGAUGGGGGUGCUUCGUGUUAGUUUAGGAUGCUUUAUAUUCUUCUUGAUCAUGUGCCUAACAACAUGUAACACGAGAAAAUUAGAUGAAGUUCGGAACACUUGGCAUUCGGGAUGGUGGGCUCCGAAGAUCGUUAUGCUGCUCAUCUCAUUCGUGAUCCCAUUUUUCAUCCCGACUGAUUACAUUCAGCUUUACGGUGAACUUGCUCGAGUUGGUGCGGGGGUGUUUUUGAUUCUUCAGCUCAUAAGUGUAAUCGAAUUCAUCACCUGGUGGAAUAACUACUGGAUGUCUGAUGACAAGAACAAAAUGAGCUGCUCGAUAGGGCUGUUCAUGUCAACGGUAUUUUAUAUCGGUUCGGUUGGUGGCAUUGUGGCGAUGUAUGUUCUUUACGCUCCUAAAGUGUCGUGCUCGCUCAACAUAUUCUUCAUUUCGUGGACUGGUGUUCUGCUGGUUGUGAUGAUGGUUAUAUCGUUGCACUCCAAGGUAAACAGAGGGCUGCUGUCUUCAGGGAUUAUGGCUUCUUACAUAGUGUUCCUCUGCUGGUCCGCCAUUCGGAGCGAGCCGGCAAGCGACAAAUGCAGCCCUCAGAAAGGGGAGAAGGAACACCAUGGUGGUUGGUCCACUGUAGUCGGUUUCAUCAUUGCUGUAUGUGCCAUUGUAAUAGCGACCUUCUCCACAGGAAUCGACUCUCAGUCGUUUCAGUUUGGUAAGUCUCCAGAAUCAGAAUCAGAAUCAGAAUCAGAAUCAGUAGAAGAAGAGAAGGGGGAGGUGCCGCCGUACAGCUAUGCAUUCUUCCAUGUGGUUUUCUCUUUGGGGGCUAUGUACUUCGCCAUGCUCUUCAUCAGCUGGAACUUAGGGACCUUUACUCCAAACAGGUGGAGCAUCGAUGUGGGGUGGGCUAGCACGUGGGUCAAGAUUGUCAACGAGUGGUUUGCAGCCACAAUCUACUUGUGGAAACUGAUAUUCCCAGUGAUAAAGCAAACCAAAGUGAUGAACCAUGAAGGCACUACAGAGCAAGUUUAGUCAUACAGACAGACAUAUCUCAUCAUACAGCUGUGCUUUUAGAAUAUCAUUACUAUAAACAUGUUCUGACGUACCAUGAUUUUGUUCUUGCCAUGUAAAUUGAAAUGUAGCAAUAUAUAUAUAUAUAUAUAGACACACACACACACAAACGCGACGGAACUAGCAGUAAAAAUUCGGAGU